AUGAGCCUGUCAUUUAGAAGAAUUUUAUCAGCAAGUCGUUAUUUUCUUCGUUCACAGCAUACUGAAAUAGGUGUUGUAGCUCACGAAAAACUUGGUGAUGUUGAAAAUUAUCUUGGACACAUCAAAACCAGUUUCUUACAAAAAUGUCUCCUGAGUCUUGGGAGCGGGAUUGGCUGUCUGAUUAACCCAAGAAGAGCUGAUCUGCUCAGCACAUUCGGAGAGACUAGCGGAGAACUCGCCUUGCGCCAAAUAUUCAAUAGAAUGCUGAAUCAUCCUGAUGGUUGUCGCGUAUUGCGUGACCGACCGACUAUUCGUACCAACACAGUUGAUUUAGAUAGCCUUCGUAAGCUGCCUGAGGGUACGUUUGGGAAAGCGUAUACGAAGUUUCUGGAUAAAUAUGGUUAUUCACCUGAUGAAAGACACUAUGUUAGAUUUGUAGAUGACCGAGAUUUGGCUUACGUCAUGCUUCGGUACCGGGAAAUACAUGAUUUGGUUCAUACUUUGCUUGGUCAACCUACUGACAUGCUUGGUGAAGUCGUUGUUAAAUGGGUUGAAGGCAUACAAACUCUUCUCCCUAUGUGUUUAACUGGUGGUUACUUUGGUUCUCUGCGUCUCGCACCCAAACAGACAGAGCGCUUUGUAGAAAGCCAUCUAGAGUACGCGAUUCAUACUGGCAGAGAAGCUCGUUUUCUAAUGUGUGUUUACUUUGAGGAACAUUGGGAGGAUAACUUGGAAGAUUUUAGGUCAUCCUUAAAUAUUCAGUCGCCUCCACCCCCCAGAAAACUGGAUUGA